AUGAGCUCAGAUGUGCAGAUGGCCUCCCCAUCCCCUCUCUGUGCCUUGCGUGGCAGCUGGGCCUUCUCGCUGUGGCCCAGGCACGGCCUUGACAUUCAGACAUUGGUUCCUGCGUGGACACUUGUGUUUGGUCCAUACCGCGUGUGGCUGCAGUCUGUGCUUCUCCUGUUUCGCAUCUUCAGUAGAUGGGGGCUGUGCAUGCAUGAGCCCUUCAUCCUCCCCGCAGACACCACUGGAGAACCCCACCGCAGAACCGGAGAGGUGGCCCCAGAGAAGGGGGCGCACGCGAGCCACGGGCCCCCUACAGCAACAGGUGUCUCACCGUCCAGAGACUGGGUGUUUGGGCGCCAUGAGGAUGAGCUGCUGUCUGCACGGCAGCCGAAGACCUGGCCCGGCACCCCACGGGGAGGGCACGGCCCACGGUCCCCAGCGCCUUCCGUCUCUGGGUUCCAGGAGAACUGCGCGAUCCUUGGGGAGCUGGUGAGCCUGAGGGCCCAGAAGUCCCGCCUGCUGGGGUUCAGCACGCGUGCCGACUCUGUGCUGGAGAUGAACAUGGCCAAGACCAGCCGGGUGGUGGCCACUUUCCUAGAUGAGCUGGCCCAGAAGCUGAAGCCCGUCGGGGAGCCAGGAGCGGCCGUGAUCCUGGAGCUAAAGAAGGCCGAGUGCCAGAGGCGGGGCCUGCACUUUGAUGGGCCCAGCAACGCCUGGGACCUGCGCUACUACAUGAACCAGGUGGAGGAGACGCGCUACCACGUGGACCAGAACCUGCUCAAUGAGUCCUUCCCCACGCAGGUGGUCACGCGCGGGCUGCUGGGCAUCUCCCAGGAGCUGCUGGGGCUGACCUUCGACCUGGAGGAGGGCGCCAACGUGUGGCACGAAGACAUGAGGCUCUACAUGGUCCAGGAUGCAGCCUCGGGCAAGGUCCUCAUCAGCAAGUUCUACCUGGACCUCUACCCUCGGGAAGGGAAGUCCGAUCAUCCACAAACUCCUCUUGUGUCUCAGCAAACGGCCUGCUUCGGCCUGCAGCCGGGCUUCCUGUGGCAGGACGGGAGCCGCAUCGCCAUCGCGGCCAUGGUGGCCAACUUCACCAAGCCCACGCCCGACGCACCCUCCCUGCUGCAGCACGAUGAGCUGGAGACCUACUUCCACGAGUUUGGGCACGUGAUGCACCAGCUCUGCUUCCAGGUGGGUGCGGGCCGCUUUGCAGGCCGAGUUCGCCACGGGGAGCGGGACUUCGUGGAGGCACCUUCGCACGUGCUGGAGAACGGGGUGUGGGAGGUGGAGGUGCUGCUCAGGAUGUCUCAGCACCACUGCACGGGCAUCGCUGUCCCCCAGGAGCUGCUAGACAAGCUCAUUAAGUCCCGGCAGGCCAACCCAGAGGCUGGGGGACGACGGGAGGCUGAUGAGCGUGGCAUCCGCCUUCACCCCCUCCCUCCUCUCUGGGCUGAGCCCUGUGGCCCUGCAGGGUCCCACGUGGGCCCCAGAGCCCUCAGCUCUUCCCACCCCUCGUCCAGCCGGAUGGGGUCCCUGCGGCACCCUGGACAGGCGGGCUAUGGGCAACCCGGCCUCUCCCGGGUGGCAGCCCCAUGGGGUGGGGAGGGGGGCGGGCACGGCGAGCCACCCAUGGUCGAGCGCGUCACCUCGGUGGGGGACGUGUGGUGCCGUGGCUGCACAUGUCCUGAUGGCCGGGAUCAGACCCAGCUCUGCCACCAACUGGCUGGGUGCCUGGAGGCCAGUCACUGGACCCCGUUGUCCCUGUUCACCCUCUGCAAUGUGCGUGACCCGAGGACCCCCUCACAGGUGGUCGUGAGUGCUGACCAAGUCGGUUUGUGUGGAGGACAGAGAACAGUGAGGCCAGCAGAUGAGGAAAGAGCUUGUCACUAG